AUGCGCCUUCCGUUGCCGGAGAAGUACAGCGACAUUAGAUCUACGUGUAGUGGUAGGAGCUUCUUCAGCGCAGCACGUCCAUUGCAUCCUAGCGCGGUGAAGGUGCACAGUGUGGACAAGUUCCUUGCUGAAGAAGAAAAGAAGGAAAGGGGAGCGAGACCUUGCUGUUUUAGUGCAGCACUGAGGGAACAGAUGUUGCGAUCGAGAAAGGGGUCUUGUAGUGUUGUCAAGGAAUCUGCCGCCGAGAAAGUAAUUUUUAAUUGAAUAUGCUAA